AUGCCCUGGCUUACUGGCACAGCUGUGACUGCUGGGGGCAUUGGAAGAAUCAGAUUUCCCGUCUUGACGGCGGCCAUCGUUUUGGUCGAUUUUGCCCUCCUGAUUCCAUUAACUUAUUUGUCAUCCUAUGCUCAAAGAUUUGGGCGAUUCAAUGUGAUGAUCAUCGCCACGUUCAUCUGUUCAGUGUUUACUUUCGCUCUAUGGCUUCCGUCGGCGUCAAAUCAGGCGGCUACCUUGGCAUUCACAGUGCUCUUUGGAUUCUGGAGCGGCACUGUAGUCAGUCUCUCCCUUGUUUGUGUUGCGCAAAUCUCUAAAACCGAAGAUUUUGGAAAGCGUUAUGGCACGCUUAUCGCCAUUCCAAUUGCCGGCGAGCUUUUGAAAGUACAGAACUCCACGAGACAGGAUGACUAUACUGGCCUAUGGCGUGAGCGUUUGGAGCUAAAAGUUUUCUAG